UUCAAAAAAGUCUUGUCUUGUAGCUUGUAAGUGGUAAGAACUCGUGCGAGUUAACUCGAAAUUUUCUAAGAUGAGCGAUCCUCAACUUUCCGCCGACGAAUUUCUUUGCCGUUACGACGAAUCGGAGCUUCGAAUCGCAUCAGAAUUCUUAUCGAAUUGGUUACCCUUUCUCUCCAAAGACCUCUGUCAUCACUGCACCUUCACUCUCUCUCAUCGCAUCCACUCUCUCUCUCCUCAAGUUAAUGAUGAUAGUAAGGAAUGUUCUAAAUCUGGGGAGAGUUGGAUAAUUUUGAUGCCUGAUGAUGAAUGUAAAGAUGUUUAUAAUUGUGAUUCUCAUUCGUUAGGGAGCUGGAAAGAUGAGGGUGAAACGAAUUCGUGUGGCGCGAAUGCGAAUGGGUGGUUAGAGUCAUCAAUUGUUGGUGGCUCUCCGAGGGAAUUGAGCAAUAGUGUUGUGUCUGUGAAAACUGAAACUCCGAGGGUGAGGUUGUCGUGGGCGGAUAUGGCGCAGGAGGAUGAGCUUGAAGGAGUUGGGGAGAGUAAGGUAGAAGAAAAUGGAGGGGAACGGAAUGGGGAUUUGUGUGAGGUGGCAACGAGGAAGACGGAGUUGUCGAGGGAUCAGAGAGAGUAUUUAAGGUUUAUGAAUGUGAGAAGGAAGAAAGAUUAUAUAUGUCUUGAGAGGGUUGAUGGGAAGGUUAAGAAUAUUCUUCAAGGACUUGAGUUGCACACGGGUGUAUUUAGCGCUGUGGAACAAAGAAGGAUUGUUGAUUAUGUCUAUGAUCUUGUUGAGAAGGGAAAGCGCGGAGAGCUGAAAGAGCGGACUUACACAGCACCAAGAAAAUGGAUGAAGGGUAAAGGACGUGUGACAAUACAAUUUGGUUGCUGUUAUAAUUACGCUGUUGAUAAAAUGGGUAAUCCACCAGGUAUUCUAAAGCGUGACGAAGUAGAUCCUUUACCUUCUCUUUUCAAAGUGAUAAUCAAGAGGCUGAUCAGAUGGCAUGUUCUUCCCCCGUCCUGUGUUCCUGACAGCUGUAUUGUCAACAUUUACGAAGAAGGAGACUGCAUACCUCCACAUAUUGAUAAUCAUGAUUUUGUUCGCCCAUUUUGUACAAUUUCUUUCCUUAGCGAGUGCAAUAUAGUUUUUGGAAGAGACUUAAAGAUUGAGGGCCCUGGAGAAUUUAGCGGUUGUAUAGCUAUUCCCUUGCCUGUUGGAUCGGUUAUGGUAUUAAAUGGAAAUGGAGCUGAUGUUGCCAAGCAUUGUGUCCCUGCAGUACCAUCUAAGAGGAUUUCUAUUACUUUUAGGAAAAUGGAUGAAUCAAAGCGGCCUGUGUAUUUUGCUUACCAGCCAGACUUACAAGGGCUUGAACCAUUAUGUUAUGACAAGGAAGGAGCAAAGAAAUCACCCUCACCCCCUCAUGUGCACAAGCAAGGAACAAGAGGUGGGUUCACAGUAGAAAGGAAGAGAAGCGAAGAGCCUCGAUAUUCUGCCAGGAAUCGGGUAGGCAUGAGUGGACCUAGAACUAGGGUAAAUUUUUGAGGAAGCUAAUAUGCACAAAAAACUGGCUUCCCACCCAUGAUGUCUCUGCUCUUAUUGAAUUGACCUCGUUGUACAUAUAUUUAUGUUGGCUAUUCAAUUAUUAUCAACUGUUCUCGUAAGGAGAGAUUCGAAGAGAGUAUCGGUUUUGUUCAUAUCUGUCUGCUGUGAUCGAAGAAUACUUCGACAUCUGCAGCUCGAGGAGUACCAUAACAAUUGGAUUAAGCUGUACUUUGGAGUUCCCAAUUUGUGGUGCUGUUGGUCCUCCCUAACUUACAGGAGAAUUUUUUGUAUAAAGAGUUUAACAUCUGUAGAAUUUAUGCUAUAUACAGGGUAGUCUUUUUAACAUUUGUAGAGUUUAUGCUAUUUGUAGGAGAGUCUUUAACGAAUGUAACAGUUUUGCGAUCAUAUGAAUUUUUUUUGUAGUGUGAUGCACUCGUAGUCUCCUCAUAAAUUCACCAGAAAUGAUUCUUGAUUUUUCAUCUUUUA